AUGGACAAUAAUCACAUGUCCACUUCCACGCAUACUUCGUGGAAUCCCGCUUUCCGACCCGAUUCCCAUGCACAUCUACCCACCGAUACGCAGAGCGCGAGCGACGAGACUCGGGACGAUGUGGAAAUAGUCGAGCAUGACGUCGUGCCAGAUGAGGAAGUCGUUGAGCGGAUACCAGCAGAAGACAGCAUAGCCGCAACACAGGAGAUUGAGCAACAUGUGGAAGCCGCGGCACCGGAAGACGUCGCGGCGAUUUCAGAGGUGUCUGCUGAUGGGCAAGGCCCUGUGAGCCAGCCUGAGUCAACAAGUGAGCAAUUAGCGAAUGCGGAGCAGCUGCCACAGGACGAGGAAGCUGCGAUAUUUCAGCCAGAGGACACUGCUCAAGAGCAGAAAAUCGAGCUGGAGGAAAAGAUGCCGGACUCGCCGAUUGUCGCAGAACCCAGCGCCGCCGAUCUCACGGAUCCAACCACCAGCGUACCGACGGAGGAAGAUCAGACAGUGGAAACUGAGCAGCAAGGCGCGAACUACGAUUAUCAGGGCGAGGUCACACAGCUGGAGGAGUCAGUCGACGAAGCUCCCAGCGCACCAUUGCUGGAAGACGAGGAAGUAUCGCCCACGGUUGUAGAGGACAUGGAGGUGCCUCCUAGCAUGCGUGUGGUGAGUGGGCAGUCAUCGCAGGACUUUGACGAUACCUCUGCAUUUGGCCAGCCCUUGCCCAAAGCAGCCACCGAAGCCAGCAGCCUGGACCGGAGUUUCACGACCAACUUUACCGACUUGCCUGCUCAAGAGUCGGAAUCUGUAGAAGAGCAGAAAGAUGAGAUGUCUACGAACGAUGAGUGGCCUGCAAUUGGCGAUGACAGGACGUUCGGAGAGCUGCUGGGAAGCGAUGUACCUGCUGAAAUUGUACAACAAAAUCACCCUGAAGAAGACGAUGGUUGGGGAGCAACAGCAGACGACGAUGCUUUUGGCGAAAUUCUAGGCGCCGAACGUUCGGAUGUUCCUUUGGAGGAGCCCGCGGCCGCACCUGUGAUCGAGACUAAUGCGUCCGAAAAUGAGCCGGAGGAAGAUCUUGCGGCGAUGUGGCAGGCGGCUCUUGAUGACGAUGAGCUACUUGAAGAGCCGAACGAUUUGGAUCCGUCAUCUUUCUUCGGGGACGACGACGAUGGAUUUCUCGAAGACGAAAUUCUGGCUCCUGCUCCUCCGGUGCCUGCCGUAGCCGCUGCGAAGAACCCAUAUACUCCGGUCCACUCUGCACCGCAGACACCUCAACUGAACCAAAAUCAAUUUCAGGGCCAGUUUGGUCACAAAAGUGCGAGAUCAGGCGGGACGCCGAUGACCGGCCUUUACGAUGUGUACAACCACUCUUCUAUACCCGAGCAGCAACAGGCGCCACAAAGACCGAGCGCACAGACUGCGCAGUCGUUCGCAGAUAGAUCAAAAGGUGGCUAUCAAUCACCGUACGACCUUCCCAUGGAUGUCGUCAAACAGCCUAGGCAAAGGCCACGGCAAUCAUUACCAAAUCAGCCAGCCCCUGUGCCACCGCCUCGAAGUACGAGCAUGAGCUCCCAGCCAGGGAACUCCGCAACUCCCCCUGUGGCCGGCCAAGCAGCAGUCCCAGCGCCACCUUCAUCAGUCAACGGCGCCGUCGCAGCCAAAACUGUUCCUCGAAGUGCCUCAGGGUUCUUUGAGGAUCUGCCGAUGGCUCCGAAGCCGCGUACUCGGCCCUCGGGAGCAUACACACCGCAACUUCAGUCUGCGUCAACACCUGGGCCACCACAAAUGCCACCACAGCAGCAGCCUCGAGGACAGAUGCCUCCUCCAAGUCGAAUGGCAUCAUCUACAGCACCUCCCAUGUCCGCGCAGCAGCCUGUAUACGGGGGAUUUUCACAGCCCGAAAGACUGCCCUUGCUACCUGAUCAACCUGCAGUUCCAGGCCCAGGCCUCAUGCAGCCGCCUCCAGCACCACCUCAAAAUCAGCGAUAUUCGCCAAGUCUCUCUGCAACAGCUCAGGCUCAAAGUCGAUUCUCUCCAGCCCCUCCACCCUCCGGAGCCCCGUCAACAUCGCGGUACUCACCAGCACCCAAUGCACAGGCUGCUGCUCAGGCAAAUAAGUACUCUGCUGCACCCGUCCCAGUCACGCAUGCACCUCCCGCUCCCCAGCAACAACAUCCCUUUGCACCGAGAACAAGUAGUCCGCUGGCAUACCAGACCGACAAGCCGCACCCGUCUCUUCCCAAUGAGUUCCAGCGCAACACUUACUCGCGCCCAUCCUCUCCUCCCACAGCAAACGCUCUUCGAAGCCCGAUCAACAUGUCUCCUGAGCGACCGGCGAGUUUCAACUACUCGCCAAUCCAUUCACAGACACCAGCCACCUCGGGCAUGGGCACUCCGCCACGACCGAAAACGCAAUCUCCUUCUACUGCCAUGAAGUCCGCCAAGUACUCCAUGACUCCAAACGAGAGACCCGCAUCAACAGCCGCAGCGCCUACUACCAGAGCAGUGACUCUCUCUCAUCGCAGACAAUUUUCUCGAGAUCUCGCAUUCGUGGAGCCCAGCGAUGAGCGCUCGCAGGAUCCUUUGCAACGCUGGAAAGGCCAUCCAAUUUUCAAAUGGGGCAACUCGGGAGUCAUUGUCAGCAGCUUUCCCCAGCAGACACCAUUCUACGCCGCUGGACAUGGCAUUCCUAGUAUCAAGUGCACUCCUGGCGAGGUCACGGUGCAAGCUGCAACGACUUUCAUGCCGAUGGACGAUCGCAAUGCCAAGUUUCCAGGACCUCUAAGCGCCCGUGCCAAGGGAAGAAAGAAGGACGUCAUGGCGUGGAUGUCUGGCAAGAUCGAGGAUCUGGAGCGGAAUGCUGAGCUUGUCAGGCUGGACUUCCAAAUGGACAACGACCUGAAGAGGCGCAUCGAAGAGAAGCUGGUUCUUUGGAAGAUUGUGAGGGUCUUCGUCGAGAACGACGGCUCUCUGGAAGGGUCGCCGAAGAUUCCAGAGGCCGUGCGACCUAUUUUACUGCCAAAUCUAGCAGACAUGGCACAAGCGAUGGAUCUGCAAAGCCCAGCAGGCAACUCUGGCGUCCAGCCUGACCCAAUCGACAAGUCUGUGGUUGUGCAGCUUCGACAAGCUCUUCUUGAAGGGCACCGCGAGCAGGCUGUGUGGCUGGCCGAGGAGAAGAAGCUGUGGGGUCAUGCCAUGCUCAUUGCCUCUACCAUGGGUCCUGAGACGUGGAAGCAGAUCAUCCAGUCCUUCGUCCGCUCUCAAGUGAAGACAGUGGGCAAUGACGGCCGUAGUCUGGCUGCACUAUAUCAAGUCUUCGCUGGCAAUGCAGAAGAGUGUGUCGACGAGCUCGUCCCACCGUCUGCUCGUGCUGGAUUCCAGAUGGUGUCCAAGUCUGACGGGACCGUUUCUGGCAACCCUCUCGACGGUCUUGAUCACUGGCGCGAAACACUAAGCCUCAUUGCUGGCAAUCGCACAGCUAACGAUGUGCAGUCCUUGCUGGCUCUUGGAAAGCUUCUUGGUGGAUAUGGUCGAGCCGAGGCGGCGCACACAUGUUAUAUGUUUGCUCGACAAGUCGCAAAACACACCGGUGCAGACGAUCCUGAAGUCAACUUUGUGCUUCUCGGAGCGGACCACACGAGCAAGACCGAGAGCUACGUGAACGAUCUCGACGCCAUCAUCCUCACCGAAAUCUUCGAGUGGGCUUCGUCACUAUCAGCUCCGAGCAACACCGUCGUCUACAUCCCGCAUUUACAAUCCUUCAAGCUCAUCCAUGCGGGAGAGCUCGCAGGUUCUGGCUUGAAGAAUAAGGCUCAGCAGUAUUGCGACCACAUCACCUCGGCGUACACCUCCACUAGUCGACCUUCACAGUACUACCACCCUACCUUUACACAAUCCGUCACAGAUCUUAGCGCUUUCCUGUCGCAAACUCCACAAUCUGGCCCGCAAGGAUUGAUCUCCAAAGCUGCGAUGAACAAAGUCUCGUCAGGCGCCGCCAGCUGGUUCACCAAAUUCGUCUCGGGUGACGAUGACAAGGACUCCGCUGGUGCUGGCGCAGUCGGCGGCAAUUCGGAUGCCAUGAACGGGCCUUUCAGUCGCGUCGCAGGUGAUUCACCGAUAGUUAGCAGGCAAGCGUCUACGACGGACUUGUACAACAAUUACAACCCGAUGAGCGGUCCCGGCUUGCAGAGCCCAAGCGCACCCGCUCUACCUAUGGCUUCACAGCCAUACCAGCCUUCUGCCGCGCCCAGCAAAUACGCUCCUUCAGCAAGUGGAAGCAGCAGAUACGCACCUGGUGGCAUGUCGAGUAUGGCAGCGGACUCGCAUUCUCGACCGGCUUCCACACGGAGCGCGAGGAGCUACACGCCCGUACAGCCUGGCACUCAGCCUCUUGGCGUUCCUAGGCCGGCAAACAGCCGAGCUGUGUCAGACUAUGCCGCCGUAUACAACUCCGACUCGAGACGUGGUUCUGGACAGCACGGCAACUCGGGAACGAGCUAUGAGCCAAUGCCACAACAACCGGUCGAUGCGGGCCCAUAUGGUUACCAUCCCUCAAAUGUCGCCGAGGAGCCUGCCGCGGAGGCUGAAGCUGAAUUGCAGGAGACGAAGCAGCAAGACGUUGAGGAGGAAGAUGCCUUUGCACGACCGGCGAACUUGCAACUCGGUGGUGACGAUGUGGUUGAAGAUGCUGAAGGAGGUGGCGGGUAUGCUCGUCCAUCGUACGGCUAUCAACCGUCGGCAUCCAACAGCCCAUACAACCCGGAGAAUACUUCGAGCGGAUAUGAGCCACCUUCCACUGGCGGGGGAUACGAGCCGCCAUCGUCCGCAAGUGGAUAUGAACCUCCUUCAUCAUCUGGCGGCUACGAGCCUCCUUCCUCCACUGGCGGCUACGAACCUCCUUCCUAUCAGCCGUACAACCCCGAUCAAGACGAAGAGGAACCUCCCAAACCCAAGAAGUCCAUGCUCGACGACGACGAAGACGAUACGGAAGAACUCGCUCGCCGCGCCGCAGCCAUGCAAAAAGCGGCCGCCGACCGCGCCGCUGACGAAGCCUUCCGCGCCGCGGCCGAAGCCGACGCAGCUCGCGAUAACAAGGGCUCCUCCUCGAAGGAUUCCCUUGGUGGCGGCGGUGGAGAGAAGAAGGGGUGGUUCGGCGGCUGGUUCAAGAAGGACCCGAACGCUGGCGGCGCGCAAUCCCCAGGGCCAAUUCGUGCGAAGCUCGGAGAGGAGAACUCCUUUGUGUACGAUGAGACGCUGAAGAAGUGGGUUGACAAGAAGGCCAAGAAAGAUGGCUCGACGCCGGAGUCUGCGGCUGCUACGCCUCCUCCUCCUAGAGGUCCUCCAAGUCGUGCUGCAAGUGGAAUGGCUGGACCACCGAUGGGUUUCUCUGCUCCGCCGAGUAGGAAUGUCAGUGGUCAGGUGGGCUCGAUCGCAGGCUCUGGGCCACCGAGUCGCGUCGGCACGCCUGCUGAAGGCGGAAUGGGCAUGGCGAUGCCUCCUGCUGUCGCUGCAUUGAAUGGUUUGGGGGGUGGGCCGCCGAGUCGACCGGCUUCGAGCAUGAGUAAUGCGAGCAGUUUGGAUGAUUUGUUGGGCGGGCCUCCGGGACGGAAGGUUGGUGGCACAGUCAAGGCGAAGAAGAAGGGUGGGAGAUAUGUGGAUAUAAUGGCGAAGUGA